GGAGUAUGUAAUUUCAACAUUCACCAUAUCAGGGGAACUUCAAGGAAUUUGAAAUAAAAACAAAAAAUUCUCCUGAGGAAUCUCCUAAAUGAUUUAGAAUCAUAUUGUUUGAAAGACUGUUUUAAAAUGUAAAUUUGUUGACUCUAUUUCACAGCAUAUUUGUGAUAUUUUGCAUUAUGAAGUGAUGGCUUCGAAGGAUUAAAUAUUUCUGGUCAGCUCAUAUCUUGGAUACCGUUCUCCAAAAUAUGAAACGAAUCUCAUGCCGUUUUCCAACAGCAUGCCUGUUGUGCAAAAUUACCAUUAAUUUCGAUGCACCUGUGAAAUCAUAUACUAUAUUAUUACCCAAAUAUUGAUCAAACAUGGAAGCCUUUAUGAAAAGCAAUGACGAGGAAAAAGUUGAGAAAUUAAAACCCUUCAAGUUGUGUUUUCUGGAUAGAAAUGUUGUGGGACAAUCCAAUAUUAAAAUUGGAAAAUCUUUGACGAUUCCUCCUGUGGUAUCGCCAAAAUUCUAUGAUCCACAAAAUGGCAAAGUUGACCAAAGUUUAAUUGGCAAAUAUGUGGAGAUUUUAAAAAAAGAACAAAUCUUAGAUAAAAGUCGAUUGCCAAAAACUGAAAAUCAAAGGUAUGGUUGGUAUCAAGAAAGACUGACUGAUGCGGAUCCAACCGAUAGAAGAUUAUUUGCACACAAAAGAACAAAUAUUAUUGUUAGAGAACAUUUAAUGAAUUAUGCCAAAAUAAGGGAAUAA